AUGUCAGAGCUAGCUUCGGCACAGUCGGCUAGCAAUGAGAGUCCACCGCCCGACGACCUCGAAGGCGAACUGGAUGCGUUCAUUCAACCUCUCCUCAUCGACGACAAUGUGGUGCACAACCUGGCCUAUCAGUUCUCCAAAGUUUACGAGGAGCUCGCCAUACGAUCCGAUGAGCAGUUUCUGCCAACGCCCGUCACAAAGUUGCCCACCGGACAGGAGACUGGUCAGUUUCUUGCCAUCGACGUCGGAGGCACCAAUCUGCGAGUCGCAUUUAUCGAGCUACUAGGCGACGCCGAGGAGCUUCUCCCGACGGCCAAUGGAGUGGAACGGUCACGUGAAACAAUUAGAAACGCCCAGCGGCCACGAGUACGACGGACCUUGGAGAAGGCGUGGCCCAUAGGAGAGCAUCUGAAAAUGGACAAGACUGAAGACCUCUUCGCCUGGAUUGGUGAUUGCAUUGCUGAAGUUGUAAGCGACCGACUGACUUCAGACAACGACAAAACGCCCGUACCAGAAGAGCUCGCAAUGGGCAUCACCUUCAGUUUCCCCAUGAUCCAGACAGAACUGUCCUCUGCGACACUGAUGCCUAUGGGCAAAGGUUUUACCAUUAGUUCCGACCUUGAUCUUGGCUCGACAUUGUUGCAAGGCUAUAUCAGGCACACCCGUCGCCAGUCACCCACGAGCUCGUCUCCCAAAGCAAAGCGGAGGAAGCUUGGACCCUUGCCUCGACUGAAGGUUACCGCCAUCACCAAUGAUACCAUCGCGACACUCGCUUCUCUGGCAUACAGUGUCAAAUCCUUACCUAAUUCACGGGUUGUUGCCGGUAUCGUUGUCGGCACGGGAGUCAACGCUACCAUUCCCAUGAAGUUUUCCAGCCUGGGUGAAGCCAAAGUCGAGUCAAUCAGAAAGAACAAACCCGAUGCAACAGAGACUGUCGUUAAUACCGAAGUGACGAUUGCCGGUGCUUGUGGUCCUCUGCAAAGUAUGACCACGGAAUGGGAUCGGCAGCUCGAUAAAAACUGUGCUCGACCAGGUUUCCAGCCGCUGGAGUACAUGACUGGAGGUCGGUAUAUCGGAGAGCUGGUCCGCCUCAUCUUCUUCGACUACAUGACCAGAGCACACAAACCGCCUGUGCCUGCGGCAUCCCUUCCUGCGACGAUUGUCCACAGCUACAGCUUCACUACGACCUUCGUAAGUGCCGUGGUAGCACGAGCCCGGUCGGAUUCGGAACUCGCGGGCGAGUUGAAACGUCGGAUACCACCUCCUGAAUCGUCCAACUGGGGAUGGACACCUCAUUCAGCCGGAGCCCUCCGCAAGAUCGCACAUCUUGUUCAGGUUCGAUCCGCCGGGCUGAUUGCUGCUUCAACAGUCGGGUUGCUGGCCACCGUGGGUGAGAUCGCCUUGUCGGAGCCCGGCAGCCCUGCCUCUCUUCCUGAUGGCAUGGUCUUGACCGACAGCAAGCCAUCAUCGCCGAAGUCGAUUCUUUCGUCCCUCCAGCGUGAUACGCGAGAUGGUUUGUCGCCAGCUCCCGGCUCGAGCGCAUGGAAAUCGGGCCCUGAAGAAUUGGUCAUCGCGUACACUGGUGGCAUCAUCCAGCAUUAUCCUAACUUCAAAGAACAGACGCAGCGGUUCAUCGACCGACUGGUAAUGAGAGCUGGCGUCCAGGAUGGUGGUAAGAGCGUGUUCUUGAGGGAAGCCCGCGAUGGCGGCAUCAUCGGCGCUGGUGUUUUAGCGGGUAUGGAGACUAUGGAAAGAAAUUCGUCGUGA